GUGGAGCUUCGGGAGGGACGAGAAGCCGUUAGCUCUUUCUAGUCUAGCUGAUAGUUGCAAGAAUUCUUAGUGGUCACCCAUCCAGAUAAUGACUGGCUCUGAUCCUGUUUUCCAUAUCAGCCAAGAUUAAGAACACACAUUAAGAAUGUAUUUUUCUUUUCAAAUGAGAUUGUGGGUUCAGAUUGAAGUAAAGUUAAAAUUCACACCUGAUAAUUCCUGAGGACACAGCAUAAAAUUGCCAGAAUAAUAAUUAAAAUCUCAUUGGCUGAGUUCAUACUUAUUAAGGAAAAAAUGAAAAGUGAAAAUGAAGACCACCUAUAUCUAGACUAUUUCGGUCACAAUGAAGACUGUAUCCACCCUCUACACACAUCUAUAUCCUUGUUUUUGUUGGCAUAUUGUGAUUGUAAGAUCUUCAGGAUAUUUUUAGUAACUCCAAAUGAAAUAACUUUUGAUAUACAACAGACAGAAGAAAUAUUGUCAAAGAACCCAGAGAUUAACUUCAUCAAAAGAUCUGAAAUUCCUGUGAUGGUUCAAAGCUGCUGUUUACCUGCUGUUGUUGAAAAGGAUGGAAGAUUUUGUCGUGCAGGACUUGCUGUGGUUUUGAGGUACAUAGUACAGAAAACCUAUGAGGCGGAUCCAUCAAACAAAGGCAUUUUGGAACUUUUGGGCUUUAAAAGGACCUGUUUGAAAGCUUGUGCUGAAGUUAGUGAAUGGACCAGGCUUUGUGAGAUCAGUAUUCCUCUGACAGUUGAAAACUUUCUAAAAGUAUCUCAUAAUCCGCAUCAGAAUAUUCCCAAAGAGAUACUGCUGUUUGAAAACAAAUUGGGAGAACCUGUAAGAGUGCACAACGAUGACAAAAUUAGAAGACAGAAAGUUCAACAGCAAAAAAUGCUUGACAAGACAGCAAGCACUGAUAUUUCCUCAAAAGAAGCUAGGACUGUGGAAAAUCAGGAACCUGGUUCUGCAGAUUUGGAACUGAGGACAGCUUUCUCUAAACUAACUCUGCAGAAGAUGCCACUUGCUACCAAGAGGGAGCCAUCUCACAUUAGGAAAAUAAAAACAUCUGAACUUCCGCAUCUGGAGCAUAUAUUUGCUGAAGGGCUUUAUUUCACUUUGACAGACAUAGUUCUCUUGCCAUGCAUCCAUCAUUUUUUGGCUGCCUGCAAGAAACACCAAAAUAACAUACUACAGCUGCCUUUAAUAUUGAGCUGGUACAAAAGGGUUCUAGAUGUACCUGGAAUAAAGCAAGCCACUGUCAAAUGCAAUAUAAAAAAUAUCCUGAAUUGUCAAUCACACCCUUUACCAAAUGAAUGCCAGCAGAAUACUUCUACAGCUUUUAAAGAGUCAGAAAACAUUCGAGAGGAAAUUCAGUUUAUAGGUGGACCAAGACCAACAAUAACAAAAUUAAUGGAAAAAGGGAUUGAAGCAAUAUUUUCUCCUCAUCCUUGCCCUAAAUGGACCCUAGAUUGGGACAAUUUACCUGCUGCAGUCAACCCAGGAAAAGGAAAGAUGUCUGCUGAUCGUGCUUUGAGGAAACAGCAGCAACUGAAUAAUCUAAUUGCUUUAGUGACAAAACUGGCUAAACCUGGAGAUGUAAUUGUGGAUUUUUGCAGUGGUGGGGGCCAUGUUGGAAUUGUUCUUGGUUAUAUAUUACCACUAUGCCAGAUAAUUUUGGUAGAAAAUAAAGAACAGUCACUCAUAUGUGCUGAAAAAAGAAGUGAUGAAUUAGGAUUACAUAAUAUUUGGUUCAUCCAAGCAAAUAUGGACAAUUUUAAAGGAAGUUUUAAUAUUGGGGUGGCAUUGCAUGCUUGUGGAGUGGCAACAGACAUGGUCAUUGAACACUGUGUCAAAGUUGGUGCAGCAUUUGUUAUCUCUCCUUGCUGUUACGGUUUCAUACAGAAUACAUCCAAAUUUGCAUUUCCACAAAGCCAUCAGUUCAAGAAAGUGCUGUCAUACAAGGAGCAUAUGAUUCUUUGCAGAUUUGCUGAUCAGACAGCUGUCCAGCUGCCCCCUGAACGCAGGCAAAUAGGGAAACAAUGCAUGGGACUUGUGGACCUUGACCGGGCUUGGAGUGUGGAAAGAAGCAACUACUCAGUCCAAGUGAUAACCAUGGAACCACAGUCAUGUUCCCCAAAGAAUAAUUUGAUAACCGGUAUCCCAGUUUAGUUCAAAGGUUUUUCUAUCAAGUUGAAUUAAUAUUUAGUUCUCUUGAUCAAAGUGCAAAUAACAUUUUGGAGAUUGGAAAGGAAACAGUGUACAUCUUGAAUCUGUUGUCUCCAGAAGAAGGAAGGCAAUGCAGUAGGGGCUAUCUUGCAAAGCUUCCUAAUUCCUGCUUGAAGUAUGUGAUUAAAUGACAUCUGGCUCUCCCAAAAUAUUAAUCAGUCUACAUUAUAAAAGCAACCAAUAUGUCCUUGGAAGAAUGAUUUCCUUUUCUAUGAAAAUUGGUCUUGCAUGUUGGAAAACAUAUUUUGCAAGGGUUCUGGGCUCAUCAGUAUUGAUCUAAAGAACAAAUCACAGAAUCUUCUUUUCAAUGUUUUACAAUUAUACUUUCUGUGCUCAGUUACAACUGUAUUGCUGUAUUGAUAAAAGUAUCACUUUGCUCAAUUUUUUUAAGAUUUUUUUUUUUAGAAAAAUAUGUUCUAAAUAAAAUAAUCUUACUCCGAAGACAAUUUAUGAUCACUGUGUGGUCAACAUCCACAUAGUUUUCUUAACAACUGUAUAAUUGUGGUUUGAUUGUUUGCAAUUUCCUAGAGUAAGUUAAGCUUUUUAAUAUUUUUUGGGUAAUCUCCCAUUAGUACUUACUAACCAGGUCCACAACUUCUUAUUUCAAGAUAGCCAAAGUCAUUUAGAGAAUGCUUCAGGUCAAAUUAAUCACUGUAUUUACAGUAUGCAAUUUAUAAGUAGAUUUAUACAUUAACUUUGAUUACUGUGCUUUGUAGGACAAAGCAAACUUGCAAGAAAUUCUUUAAAUGUGUACCUUUACCUAUUAUUUCUGCAACUCUUCUCUUUAUCUUCCUUCAGUGUGAGGAUCCUUUAAUGUUUUCCUUUGAGGAUUAUGUUUUGCUUUGGCCACAUGAAUGCUGGGGAGGAAGAGAAUAGGGAAAAGAAAACAACAGUGGAAUGACAAUUAAAGUAGAAAAAAGCCACAUGUUCCUUUUUCAUUUUUCCCCCCUGAGAUCUGUUUCUCUAAGAAAACUAAUUGUUUGUAUUUUGAGAUACAGUAUGUGAUCAUGUGUGAGUUAUAGGUUGGUCCUCCCGAAAAAACACUGAAAUAGCACUCCUUUUUUCAGACUUUAAUUUAUAUCAGCCCAUUAAAUAAAACCUCAUUUUAACUUAAGGUAUGUUGUAAUUAACUAUUCAGACAGAUUCUUCAGAAGGUAAAUAGAAAUAGAAUUCUUAAUUGGCUAAGUGUGA